UUAAAUCAUCAGUCUUGAAGUUGCAGUCGCGCUGGUUGGAUCGUUCUAAUAGAAUAGAAAUGAGUUUUUGAAUUUUCGGAAGUGUCUGAGUGUUUGGUUGGUUUGAGUUAAUUUAAGUUGUAGCUCAUUUGGGACAUUGACUAGGUGCUGGUUCAAACCAUCAAGUGACAGUGCUAUUGUUAGCGUGAAACAAUGGUGCAUCAGCAGUUGAAGCGCCAAAACUCGGGCCUUCCCAGGAUGGAGUCCAUUUCGCGCUUCGGAAGCAUUCCGGUCGUGGAAACGGGCCUCAAAACAGCCGGAACGGUGUACCAAAAAGUGAAGAACAGCAACGGGCUGUUCAACUGGGGCUUCGAAACUGCCGAGACGGUUACGUACGCUCUGGUGGAUUCACUGCGACCAGCAGCUAAGCUGAUCGAGGGACCACUUCACCAGCUGGACAGCUUUAUGUGCAAAAGUUUGGACUUUGUGGAGCAGAAAGUGCCCUCGAUGUAUCUGCCGCCGGAGAUGAUGUACUGGAACACCAAGGAAUACAUGUCGGAUCACCUGGUGAAGCCGGUGCUGAGUCGGGCCAACUCGAUGAAGAACCUCAGCCACGCUGUGCUAGAUUCGCGCGUUUCGAACUAUGCCGCCGAUCGUUUAGACGGAGCUCUCAACGUUUGCGACAAGUACGUCGAACGGUUCCUGCCCGCGGAGGAUCAACCCGAUGCUGCCUCCGUUCCCCAGCCGGAACCGGACGAGGCUGGCGUGAUGCACGUGUUCCAGACGAUCCACCGGGGUCAGAGAAUUUCUCGGAAGCUUCGUCGUCGGCUUACUUUCCGCACUCGUCAGGAGUUGAGCGCGCUGAAGAAGCAGAGUACCGAAGCGGUCCACGUGGUCUUUUACGCUGCGGAAUUGAUUGCCACCAAUCCCCGGCUAGCGAUGCAAAAGAGCGUCGAACUGUGGCAGUACCUGAGUGCAGAUGAACCGGAAAAUCAAGCUAGACCUAACACCCUCGAACAGCUGGCAGUGUUGCUGGCCCGCGAAUCCGUCAGGAAGGUCGUCCACGUGAUCAACUUUACAGCCAGUACAGUCACAAAGAUCCCUCAAACGGUUCGUGCCCAAACACGUGAGCUUGUGCAUCACUUGCUGUUUGCUACCGAUCGGUUGAUUAAGGCCGUCCACUUGGAAAAAGCAAAAAACGCAACAGUUUCAGAAGCAACCGGCUUGAUGCACAAACUACAAAACACCUACGACGAGCUACAGAACCAAACCAACCUGGCCCUGCACGGACAAUUGUCGCUAGCCAAAAUUGAAACACAUCACGAUUUCGUCCAUUGGAUGCUUUUGAAAUUGGAACGUUUAGCAGUUUUUCUGUCCGGCCGUCUGGAAGCCGAGAAGAUCACCACCAGCAGCGACAACCCCCGGCGACGGAUCCAGAACCGAACAAACAAUAAUCCACUCAAUAAUAGCAUCAAUGGCGUUUAUUAGCGUGCGCACGGCCGAGCUGCUCCAACAGAGCCUGAGCGAGGCCCGGUGGGUGCGGCUCAACGGGAACGAGUGCAGAUAAUAUCCUGUUUUUGGUUUAAGUGAACUGAAUGAUUUCAAUAAAGUAAUUUUUUUCUCUGUAGUUUUAA